GUCGGUGACGUAACGCGGCGGACCGGGCCGGCGGCGCCGGCUGUUCGCGUCGUGAGUCACACCGAGACGGGACGCACGAUCGCGGAAGAACAAAGUGGGGCCAUCUAGCAAUUGCGGUGCGAGUCUGCGGCCUGGUUUGCCCUUGCGGUUUCGCCCCUGCGUGGGCGGUAUCUCGUUCUGCCCAGAGAGGGCCGCACAGGCGCGCGGACACGCUCGCUGCGUUCAGAAACCACGGCGGAGAUAUGAAAAAAAAAAAGGGAGAAAGAAAAACCUGAGGAGGAGUGUCCCAGAGCGCUCGGAAACGCACGCGCGCGCAGGAAAAAAAGAAAAAGAAACUCGAGGAGAGCCUCCGGAGAGCACGCAGGGGAACCAGUCGCCGGCCGGCGCGCAGCUUUUUGGGAGCGACAGACCGUCUCUAGAGGCUAAAAUCGCACUUCAGAGAAUUUCGAACCGAGGCUGAAUCGCAGGCAGCACCGAUACGCUACUUCGCCUGAGGUCCGCGCAACGCUGCUAGCCCAUCAGCUUUCCAUUUGAAAGCGAGGUCGCCCCGUUUUCACGUCUUUCAAUCAAGAUGUCGCACACCGUGACGGUGACGAGAGUGACGACCACAGGCAGCUCGCCGAUGGUGAUCAACACGGGAUACGCCUGUAAUAUCCAGGGAGCCCUCAAGGUCCUCGAAACAGUGUUCGGGACCAUCUGCCUGGGCCUGAUGCUGCACUACACGAAACACAGCCGUGUGGACUUGUACGGCAUGCCGGGCCACGAGCUCUACUUCCUCCUGACGGCGUUCGGCUGCCUGCUCUGCACCUUCCUGCUGCUGGUCUCCUCCUGCUGGUCAUUCACAUCGUCGUCACUUCUGUCGCGCACCUCCUUUGAGAUCCUGUUCCACCUGGUGGCGUGCGCGCUGUACCUGGCGGCAGGCAUCACGCUGCUGACCAAAACGCUCGACUAUCACACCAGCUUCCGCGGCGAGCAGUACGACGCCCGCAUAGCGGCAGCCGUUUUCGGCAUCAUGAACGGGGCCCUGUACCUGAUCGGCGCCGUCCUGUCCUUCCGGAUCUUCCGACAGGGCUGACCAUGCACGACGGGUCUGGGCGUGGCCCGACUGCCACGAGCUUCUCUUGGCUUUGACGUUGAACGCACUAGCCGCUCUCUGUUCACUCAUACUCAUCUCGGCAUCACUGUUGCUAUGUGUACCCGAGCGUGGCGGAGUCAUUCUCCUCACCGCGUAUGUUUCAUGUAUCGUUUGUGCUUAGAGGCCAGUUUGCGUUGCACGUGUUUCGGCUGCACCGCGUAGAGCGUAUAGCGUCCGUGCAGCACUCGGUGUCGCUUCCUCUUUUCGUGUUCGAUGAUGAACGGAAAAGCUCCCUUGGCUUGCUCCGGCUCUCUGAGUCUCUCGCACACGCACACACACAGACCAUGCUGUGUUUCGGUGUUCACUGCCAGCUUUAAGUAAUGGAUUUUGGUGCUGACGAGAACCGAGAAGUCAUUACGAACGCAUUUUUUAAAAGUCUGCAACCCGGCUAUGUUCGGUUUUGCUACAGGCCGAGACGGCAGAGCAGUCUUCUCUCCCUGGUGCUUAAAAAAGUGCCAAAGUUGUACGCUCUGUACUAACUGCCCAAUCAGGUAGACAUUUCUACAGUUUCACGCACAAGUGUCAAUGCGCAUAUUUGUAAGAGCACAAAGGGAUGUACAGCUGGUGCACUCUGUCGGAAGGAAAACGCAAGUAAUAUAAUGUCUGUAACAGGGCAACAUGCAAUAAGGGAAUAGACUCGCCCACAUUCAGCGAACGCAGGAAAGAUUAAAAUUUACUUGUUACGCAGAGAUUUAUCAGUACGGUCUCCGCCGGUAGAGCCUCUCCUAUUUUCUGUGGCAGCCCUUCUGUUUACUUACAUAGUAUCGGUUUUAUUUACAUGCACUAUUAAAAAAUUCCUCAAUACGCUUACGAUCUCUUUGUUGCUGUUUACUUUAAGUGCCAGUAAAGGGCAAGUGGCGGCCACGAAGGCGAAAAAAAAAAUCCUGCGUUUGUGCAGUUUAUGAUUAGAAAAAAAAAGGAAAAGAAAACUGUCCAAAAACUCUUGCGGUAGAGUUUUCGCCCAUUUUGUCCUUCAAAUUCUGAUCACACUGUUUUUCAGUUACGCUCACUGCACUUCGCACGUAAAUGAAGAACAAAUCGCUCAUUUCUGACCUGUUGCGUGCCCGCCUGACGCAUAGCCUUCAAACUGCGCACAUCGGAGACAAUGGCAAUUACCAACCAGGAGAUAACGAACGCGAUUCCGGACAUUCUCGUAUCUCUGGCAUCCAGCGACAGCGAUUCAUGUGGCAACUCGGGUGUGAACGCAGCUCCUUAUGCUGCGCAAAGUGCGAAUGAGAUCUGCAUUUGUUAAUUAUUGUUGUUGUCGUUAUUGUUUUCGUCAAAUGAUUUUCUUUUGAAAGCUGGCGCGACACGCGCCCAAAACUGUUCUCUUGCGCUGUUCACGGACACAAAAUGAACCGCAUUUCGUGCCUUCUGCCAAGUGAGAUUCUGAAAAAAGAGCUUUACGGAGCACUCGUUUGGCAACUGAACUGCCUUCUCCAUUCAUCUCGACCGCUUAAAACUUUCUGCGCUUGUUGUCUGCUACUUUCUGUAGACAAAUCAUGGCGCUCCAGUACUUGCCGUUGGUCAAAAUCCGUCCACACGUGAAACACUGCCUAAUUGGAGGGGACGUUCAAUGUUCUGGUUGUAACUUUUAUAGGACAUGUUUAUGCUGCUUGUGUUUUCUGUGCAGGGCCUGUUGUUGGUUAUGUUAUAGGAUGCGCUGUGUUAUUAGGAUGACCCGGCACAGAUUCGAGCUGUUCUUACAGAAUUAUAUAAAAUAAUUUAAGGCAUUCACGUUAGGCAUUUUUGUGGUGUUCACAACGCGUUGGAAUUCCCCGUGCAAUUUCCCGCGUUUAUAAUGCGUCUGCCUUUUUCCCAAGUGUGCCGCGAAAAUUUUCGGGUGAUGGUUUGUCGAACUGUUCAGUUUUCGCUACUUUGAUAAAAAAAUUAUGUCGCUAUAUAAGAUGCGGCGUUUGAAUUUAUUCUGAGAAAUGAGAAUGGCAUGAAUACUGCCAUUUGGGUAAAUUUCAGCGCAUUUGUGCUCUGUCAGCCUCAGAAGCGAAUUUAUGACGGGUCUUUCUGCGUUGUAUAGAUAAGGAAAAAAAUUUAAUUGUGAGGAUUUGGCCAUAUGUUGAAUAAAAUGCGCAACAGCGCACAGGAAACCAACUAUAGCAGCUCGAAAGUUAUUGAUGCAGUGGACGUAAAAUUUAGCAAGAGAGAGAGAGCGAGACCCCAUGCUCGACACUGCAUGGUAUGGCCAUUCCCAAAAUGAAGGCAAUAUCAAAACAAAGUGAAAUAAGGCAGAUUUUUUCGAAACGAGAAUUGUUACCCACGAUCCAAAGUCGUUUUUUGGUCGUGCAUGACAACGGGCAGAAACCAUUUAACGUCUUCGACGUCCUAACCUAAAUCUUAAGAGACAGUAAUAAAUGUAGCUCAUGGCGACCGCACUCUGCGUUGAAAACAAGCAGAACGACACUCUUUGGAGAACCGAACUUGGACAAUCUGAAUGCGCCUGUCCAUUAAAGCAAUCUGCAGAAACGGGUUCAGUACUUCGGCGGCAGUUUCUUUCAGCUGUGAUUACAACCGACGAACGCAGUCCCAAUAUUCUGCGCAAUAAACCUUUUAAUGUGCCCUAGUUUUAACAGUCACAGUGUUGUAAGUUUCUGCCCCAUCCGCUUUUACAUUUCUCCUUCCCAUCGCCACCACCGUCGCGGCAGAAAAAAAAAAAAGCGCGCUGGCCAUAUAUGUAUACUUCUUUUCUUUUUCUGUGUAGCUAACAGUAACCGACCUAUACUAGCACCCGCAUACUGCUGGAUGCAAACACUGUACAAGCUUUCGUCGACUUCUCAUGUAUCGCCGAUGUGCCUAAUAAACUUGGACGUGUUGUCUGCCUGCCCGCA